UAUUUACGUGUUUCUCUUGAAUUUAACGUUUUGCCAACUCUAAAAUGACUCUUGGUUGUAUUUUUCUCGGAAACAUGUGAUUAUUACAGUUUUGAGCGUCUAAAAAAGCAGUUUAAUGGAAAAUCAAGUCCCCGACAAGUCAGCGCUUAACGACGCAAGAGUUAAGCGGAGUGGGAGAUUUUUUCGGUGCGCAAAGAGACGCGAAGGGAAAGUGACAGUUGUAUAUAAAUACGAAGUGUAGCAGCCGCAUUGCAAGAACUGAUAGCGAUAGUGAACGGUGAACAUGCGAUCAGUGUUUUUGGUGAUUGGCAUCUGCCACCUGCUUCUUGUCGACAGUAUUAGAGUCGAUAGAAGGCAUGACAAGCGAGAUGCGGAACACCAUCAUGACCACCAUGAUUUUGGAGACUCUGGUAGUCACGGACACGAAGUAGAGGAACACCAUGAAGAACACCAUCAUGAGGAAGACCAUGGACCAGCGAUUAGUUACCAUCAUAUCGAACACCAUGAUAUAGGGCAUCAUGAACAUGAAGUCAAACAUGACUGGAAACCAGUUGAAGAGGAACACCAUGAAGAGCACAAAGAAGAAGAACAUAAACACGAGGAACACAAGGAGGAAGAACACAAAGAGGAACCACACCAUCAUGAGAAGAUAGUUACAGUCAUCAAAGAAGUGAAGGUACCCUAUCCAGUAGAGAAAAAGAUUCCUGUUCCUGUAGAAAAGAAGGUACCAUACCCAGUUGAAGUAAAGGUACCACAUCCAUACCCAGUUGAGAAAAAGGUACCUGUUCCUUACAAGGUUCAAAUUAAGGUACCAUACGCCGUCCCAAAACCAUACCCAGUUGAAAAAAUCGUCAAGGUACCCGUUCACGUCCACGUUGAUAAACCAUACCCUGUCGAAGUGAAAGUACCAGCCCCCUAUCCAGUAGAAAAGAAAAUCCCUGUUAAAGUUGAAGUGAAGGUACCAGCUCCUUACCCAGUUGAGAAAAAAGUCCCCUACCCUGUUUAUGAACACAUCAAAGUCCCAAAACCUUAUCCAGUAUAUAAAGAAAUCAAGGUACCCGUAAAAGUUCAUGUAGAUCACCCGGUACCCGUCCAUGUCUACAAACCAUACCCUGUCAAAGUAGAGAAAAAGGUCCAUGUGCCCUACACGGUGGAGAAACGUUAUCCAGUCAAGGUCUACGUGGAUAAACCCGUACCAUACCAUGUGGAGAAGAAAAUCCCCUACAAAGUAGAAGUGAAGGUACCCGCACCGUAUCCAGUCUACAAAAAAGUAAAAGUGCCCGUCUACAAAGAAGUGCCAUAUCCAGUGGAGGUAAAAGUAGAGAAACCCGUACCCUACGAGGUCAUCAAACAUGUACCCUAUGAGGUCAUUAAGAAGGUACCCAAGUAUAUCAAGUACCCUGUGUAUGUACCAAUUCAUGAGGAACACCACGAAGAGCAUAAACAUGAGGAACACCACGAGGAACACCAUCAUGACUUUCAUGAUCACAAAUGUUUAGCGUGGUUAAAAGUGAGUUUGAUGAUGAUAACUUUCGAGGAAGGGUCUCGCUUGAGAAUCAAAAAACCUGUGGCUGAAGCACUCAAAGGUAAAGAAAAACGUGGAUUAGAACACUACGGCGGCCAUCAUGAUUUUGGAGGUGACCAUGGAGGUGGAGGAGGAGGAGGUGACCAUCAUGUGAAAACCGUGACCGUCGUCAAAAAAAUCCCUGUCCCUUAUCCCGUAGAGAAAAAAAUCCCAUACCCAGUAGAAAAAAACGUUCCAUAUCCAGUAGAAGUGAAGGUACCACAUCCCUACCCAGUAGAGAAGAAGAUCCCUGUUCCGGUAAGAAUCGAAAUCAAAGUACCCGUCCCAGUACCCAAGCCUUAUCCCGUAGAAAAACCUGUGCAUUACCCUGUUAAGGUCCACGUUGAUAAACCCUACCCUGUGAAGGUCCUGGUACCCCAACCUUAUCCCGUAGAGAAAAAAAUCCCUGUCCCUGUUAAGGUCUUCAUCCCAGCUCCUUACCCAGUAGAGAAAAAGAUUCAUGUUCCUGUGAAGAUACCAGUCCAUGUUCCUAAACCCUAUCCAGUUGAGAAGAUUGUCCCUGUUCCUGUGAAGGUCCCAGUUGAUAGACCUUACGCCGUACAUGUCCCUAAACCCUAUCCAGUGCAUGUUGUGAAGAAGAUACCCUACCACGUCGAGAAACCCGUACCAUACCCAGUGAAGGUUCAUGUAUCAAGACCUGUUCCCUAUGAAGUGAUAAAACCCUAUCCUGUUCCUGUGAAGGUACCUAUACCUGCUCCCUAUCCAGUAGAGAAAAAGGAACCUUAUCAUAUUGAGAAACCAGUACCUUAUCCAGUGAAGGUACCAGUUGAGAACCCUGUUCCUUACGAGGUAGUAAAAAAGGUCCCCUAUGUGGUUGAAAAGAAGGUACCCUAUGAAGUGAAGGUACCUGUGCAUGUUCCUGUCCAUGAAGAACCACAUCACGUACCAGAACACCAUGAAAUCAGUGCUGGUGGCGGAGGAGGACAUGAAUUAGAAGGUCAUGACUUUGGAGGUGGGCAUGACAUAUCCGGAGGUGGAGGUCAUGAAUACCCUGAUCAUGGAGGUUAUGAAUCUGAAGGUGCGGGACAUGAUUAUGGCGGAGGUCAUGAAACCGGCGGACAUGAUUUCGGUGGCGACUAUGGCGGUGAGGCACACCACUAAACUUGAUUUUACUCUUGUAUUAUGUAUAUAUGUUUUUAACGUUAAAUGUUGACUUGUUUGGUUUUUAAAUAAAUAAUUUU